AGAAAUCACACGGUGAAUCUCAUGUUCCAGACCCUUCAGACGCCAGGUCUAUGGAAAUGCAGGACCUAGCCAGUCCUCAUAACCGCGUGGGAGUUGUGGAUUCGACGGGCUCCAAGCUCGACAAGAACAGCCUCGGCAGCCCUUCCAUCACCACCAAUGGAACAGGAGGUGAAACUAUGACCGUUCUAAACACGGCUGAUUGGCUGUUGGGCUGCAGCAGCCCGCCCCUCGCCCCGGGCUCCAAGGACUAUGUGAAAACAGAGCCUAUGAACAACAACGAUACAGUCACCACAACAGGCGACACAGCACUGGACACAUACGCCGGCUCAGUAAUCACCAGCAGCGGAUACAGCCCUCGCUCAGCCCACCAGUACUCGCCUCCCCUUUACCCGUCAAAUCUCUCCGUCCUUCCCAGGCCCUACCCUCACAUCCUCUCCACGCCCGCGGCCCCUCCUAUGCCGACGUACGCCGGCCAACCCCAGUUCAGCAGCAUGCAGCAGUCCUCCGUCUACACCGCUUACUCCCAGUCAGGCCAGGCCUAUGGACUGUCCAGCUACGACCUUGGGGUGAUGCUGCCGGGCAUCAAGACGGAGAGCGGCCUGGCCCAGAGUCAGUCUCCUCUGCAGACAGGCCUCAGCUACAGCCCCGGCUUCACCACGCCUCAGCCUGGCCAGACGGCAUACUCGCCCUAUCAGAUGCCAGGUUCCAGUUUCACCCCCUCCUCAGGCCUCUACACCACCAACAACUCAGUGUCCAACCCCGCCAACUACACUGCCACACAGCAGGAUUACCCCUCAUAUACGACGUUCGGCCAAAACCAGUACGCCCAGUAUUAUUCCGCCUCCACUUACGGGACCUAUAUGAGCUCCAACAGCGUGGACGGCACGGGCUCCACGGCGGCCUACCAGCUGCAGGAUCCCGCCCCCGCCAUGACCGGACAGGCCGCUGAACUUCACCCAGGGGACUUUGAGACGGUGCAGAGCCCCUCGACGCCCAUCAAAGAGCUGGACGACCGGGCCUGCCGGAGUGGGGGGUCCAAGUCCCGGGGCAGGGGCCGCAAGAACAACCCGUCCCCUGCCCCUGAUAGCGACCUGGAGAGGGUGUUUGUGUGGGAUCUGGACGAGACCAUCAUUGUCUUCCACUCUCUGCUCACCGGCUCCUACGCACAGAAAUAUGGAAAGGACCCUCCCAUGGCUGUCACGUUGGGUUUGAGGAUGGAGGAGAUGAUCUUCAACUUGGCCGACACACACUUAUUCUUCAAUGACCUGGAGGAAUGUGAUCAGGUACAUAUUGAUGAUGUGUCAUCAGAUGACAAUGGCCAGGACUUAAGUACUUACAGUUUUGCAACUGAUGGCUUCCAUGCAGCUGCAACCAGCGCUAACCUGUGCCUGGCUACGGGCGUCCGCGGCGGGGUCGACUGGAUGAGGAAACUGGCCUUCCGCUACCGACGGGUCAAAGAGAUGUAUAGCACGUACAAAAACAAUGUGGGGGGGCUGCUCGGCCCCGCCAAGAGAGACGCCUGGCUGCAGCUCAGAGCGGAGGUGGAGGCUCUGACCGACUCCUGGCUCACCCACGCACUCAAGUCCUUGUCCAUCAUCAGCUCCAGGAGUAACUGUGUAAACGUGUUGGUGACCACGACGCAGCUCAUACCAGCUCUGGCUAAAGUUCUCUUAUAUAGUCUGGGAUCUGUUUUCCCUGUCGAGAAUAUUUACAGCGCAACCAAAAUAGGAAAAGAGAGUUGCUUUGAACGCAUAAUGCAAAGGUUUGGCAGGAAAGUAGUGUAUGUUGUUAUUGGGGACGGUGUGGAAGAGGAGCAGGCGGCCAAAAAGCACAACAUGCCUUUCUGGAGGAUAUCCAGUCACUCUGACCUGCUGGCGUUACACCAAGCACUGGAGUUUGAGUACCUGUAGCUAUUAUAAGCAAUAUGGACUCAAGCAAUGUCAUCAUGGACAUUGGUCAGCCAGGCAGCAACCCAGCCCCCCCCCCCCCCCCCCUUCUUUUGUAUAACUAUUUAAGAACAAACAAUACACUGCAAUUGUUGUGAUUUUUUUUUUUGAACAUCUGGAUUUACAAACUCUGAACGGUCUUAAGAAGCAAAGCAGAGGAGAAAGGAGGUGAAUGAGAGGACAGUGGGGUUAAGAGAUGACUCGGCUGGAAGCCCUCCUCCGGCCCUGAAGCUGAGGACGGACCUCCGCGUGCACAGGCUGAAGACCUCCCCUGGCCUGGGAGGAUGUUUGGUUUGUUCCCGACAACCCAGGCUAGUUUCAGGACUGUCGUGGUAACCUGGGGUUAAACCAUCCUCUCUCGAUGAGGGCGUCUCUAUACAGGCAGCAAUUUGUGUGCAGGGAUAACUGCUUUGUGAUUAUUUUUUUUUUUCAUUUUUCCUGGUGGUAUAAUCACAACACAACAAUGCAGUCUGUGCAAGAAAACUUGUGUAAAUUAUUAAUGUUAAAACUUAAAGGGCAGUGGUGGAUGCUUUUGUCAUGGAAAAUAAAUAUGUUUUGGGGUCUUGUUUUUUUUUUUGCCUCUGGAUUUUUUGUAAUUUUUCCUUUUUUGAGAAACUGAGAAUGUGCGUAAUGAUGUGUUGUGCCUUAAUGUGUUUGAAUGUCUUUUCUUUAUUCACAAAUGUCUAUGUAUGUAGAUAUAAAGGAGAAACAUUAUCCAAAUGA